UCAGCGUAGUCACCCCAAAUCUAAAAAGCCUCACAGGCAAAGAAGCUGAAACGCUGAGUAUCAUAAAAUGAUUAAUGCAAAAACUCCUCCCCACCGAAGAUACCCAGGUGUAUAAAAGGCACACGAAGGAAUACUUCAGACCUAAAACCUCAUUGUCAACCUCUGAGUCUUGUGGAUUUUUCACCUCCAUGGGUGAGAGGGAGAAAAUGAUCACCAAGCCUGAUGGGAUUCGAAAGCAUGUGAGGCUGGCGUGCCUCAUGGGUCUGUUCAUCACUGGCAUCCUCUCUCUGGACUGUAACUCGCUGAAUGUUCACCUGAAGAGAGUCACCUGGCAGAAUCUGCGACUUCUGAGCAGGAUAAGCAAUUCAUUUCCUAUAGAGUGUCUACAAGAAAGAAAAGCUUUUGAGUUGCCCCAAGAGAUCCUCUCAUACACCCAGCCUCUGAUGAGGAACAUCAAGGAGGCCUUCUAUGAAAUGACCAGACAGGCCUUCCACAUCUUCACUCAAGACACCUUCCAAUCCACUUGGGAAGGGAAACAGCUGAGACAAAUCCAGAUCGGACUUGAUCACCAGCUGCAGUACCUGGAGCAAUGCUUGGAAGAAGAGGAGGAGGAAAAUGAAGACGCAAGAGAGAGGGAAGAGCCUCUCUCAGCCAGAGAGGAGACUCUCAGGAGACCCUCAGGAGCUCCGGUCCUCCAGCCGAGCAACCUAGAACUGAGGAGAUAUUUCAACAGGAUAGACAGGUUCCUCAAAGAUAAGAAACACAGUCACUGUGCCUGGGAGAUUGUCCGAGUGGAAAUCAGAAGAUGCUUCUACUUCUUUCAGAAACUCACAGCGCUACUCAGGAGGAGAUAAGGUAUUAAUGUAUUCUAAGAAUUAAAAUCCUGUUUCUCCCAGAAUCUUGUUUUCCUUCUCGUCCUCCUUCAUCUUCUUUUUAAGGCUUGUUGUGCCGUCCCAUGGCUCCCCUCGACUGGAUUAUUGGUGAUUUGGGUAAUGGUCAUUUUUUUCUGAAGUUUGGCCUUGCAGCAUCAGCCACAUUCACCUCUCUAAACAAGGUGAUGCCUACCACCCCCUGGGUGAUCAAGAGUCUUAUUAGGAAGUCCUGAAGACAGUUUUAGAGGAGGACUUUCCCUCCCAUCUUUUAUUCUCUGUUCCUCUUCCCUUUUGCUCUUUUGUACUUGCUUAGCUUUGUUGCUUUUGAACUCCUCAAACCAAUGGCCAGAGCACAUGGCUCAGAGAAUACUGCAAAAUCUAACACCUCAAUGACUUAACUCUCUUGCUGCCAAGCUUGUUUAUUCUAGGAAAGUUCAGCACGUUACAAGAGCCUGUACAAGAUCCCAUAGAGUUAAAACCUUUCCUGUCUCCCUACUCUCAAAAAUAAGAAAAUGGAAAUUUUGGACCCAUUUGCUUCUCAGCCUGGUUUGGUUAAAAUGAUAGAAAGUUUGCGGGUUGGUAUUUUAUUACUGUAAGAGAGUGAAGAUCCGUAAUGAUGUUAGAUGGUUUAAUGAGAUGACCAUUAAAGUCUCAUUUAACCUUUAAGAGCUUAUGAUUCUAAUACAAAGAGCAUUGUUCAUUCCCAAUACAUAUUAUGUGAUUUUGACACUUAAAAGCAUGGAAAAUGCUGCAGAGAAGUUUAAUAUCUGUCUUUUUUUUGUUUGUUUUGUACCUGAAAUGAAAUACCUAUGGUUAGACUAUGAAAGAAUUUCACACUGGAUUAUUUCCAACUAGAAGGCCACUUUCUGCUUGUUAAGUAAACUAAUCUUCUUACUCAUACACGACAUUUUAAUAUACUUUAUCUUUUUGAAAGUUAUUUUGUACCUAGAUUAUGCAGAUUAUUUACUUAAAUUUCCUUGUGUGGUCCUUCAUCUGUAUUAAUUCACCUUCCAGUUGAAAUGAAUUUUCUCUACCUUUCUCUCUCCCUUCUACCCCAUUUCAGAAUCAUCUACCUUCAAGCAAGAAUUAACAGAGAGAUUGUGGCUAACCAAAUACAUCACAGAGAGUAUCCAGUUCAACUCUUGGAAGGCCUUUACUUGCUAUUGUUUUCAUAGCACGCUGCUAAACGGUUUAGACUCAAGAUUCAUCCGUAGUUGAAUAGUUAAACUCCAACACAGUUGUACUGAGAAAGUAUUAAAAUAAAACUCAGUUCAAAAGUUAGAAGAAACGUUUAAAAGAACAAGAACUAGUUGUGGAUCACAGUAUACUGGUUACCAGUAGAAGGAUCAGACAAUAAAACAAGUUCAUAUCAUCCAUUGAGUAACAAUAACUCAUCGGUAAGUGUUGUAAAUUUUUAAAAAGCAUUACAAGC